UCCUGCUCUACACACUCGCCGUUUCCUGUAAUCGUACAGUGUUGUGAGACGGAGAAAGCCAUGUGUGUCGAUCCAAAGGAAAACGGCAACAUUGGAUGUUGUCACUGACAGGCGCCUCUGUCGUGGCUCCACAGAGAAGCAAGUGGAUACUUCAAGUAAAUAAGUAAAAAGGGAGGGGAGGAAGAGGCGAAGGUCUAGCAGGGGGAGCUGGGCAGGUGAAACCCCUCUUCAUCCCAAACCUCACUCCCAACGUUUCCCAUGCUAAAGCCUCUUGAAAACGCCUUCCAAGAUUUUCUAUUGCUCACCUGUGAGAGAAAUAAGUGUUCUCCUUUCUACCUGACUGCUGUAUACUGAGUCACCUGCUGAUUGUUUCUGGAUUCCAACAGUAUACACGCGCACACACUUAAGUACUGUUGAUUUGUGGACCGGCAUCAUGGCCGACCCAAUCAUGGACCUCUUGGAUGACACGCCGCUGUUCAACCUGGACGCCCUUCCAGAGGACGCGUUUGGUCAAGGCUCCUCAGACCCAGUGGAGGAGGCUAUGAAGCUGGCUCUGGGCCAGGUGGACCCUCCCUUGGACCCUGGUGCUGCAGUGCUCGGCGACCCCCUGGCCCAGGUGAACACAGUCCCUGCGGUCAGUUCAGUCACAGUCCCCCAGGUGGCCCAGGCCGUGGCCCCUGCACAAGUAGCAGUAGCAGCAGCAUCUCCAGCUACAGUCCCCACAGUGCAAGUCCAGACCCAGCAGCCCAUACAAGUCUCCUUAGCGCAGGGCGUGCCGGUGUCCAUCCAGGCCCCCAUUUCCGUUCAGGCAAUGCCUCAGACGACGCUGUCGGUGGCCAGCAGCGGGGCCGCCACCAUGCUCAUGAGCUCGCCGCUGACCAUGUCGGGCGGGCAGACCACCACGCUGCAGCUGCAGCCCCACCAGUUGGCCAGCCUCACCCAGCAGGUGGGCGGGCAGGGCGCCCCCAAGAUCGUCAUCCUCAAGAGCCCCCAGGGCCAGGUGCUGCAGGGCUCCGCGCCGGGCAAGGUGACCAUCGCGCGGGUGCUGACCGGCACGCAGCUCCGGCCCGGCAUGUCCAUCGUGCCCGGCGGUGCCACCGUGCUGAACGCGGCCACCCCGGGCCAGGCCCAGGUGAAGCUGGGCACAGGUGUGCAGCGGCUCGUCCAGACGGCCAAUGGGCCGAUGAAACAGGUGCUGCUGACGUCCAUGCCGCAGUCACAGGUGCAGACGCAGCCGGUGCAGAUCCAGACGCAGGCCGGCGCCCUCGGGCAGACGCAGGUGCAGAAGGUGCAGCUCCAGACGGCCGGGCAGACCACCGCACAGGUGCAGCUGCAGGCGCCGGUGCAGACGACACAGGUGCAGAUACAGCCGCAGACGCAGCAGGUGACCCUGCAGGCGAUGCCAGGGCAGGCGCAGACGGUGGUGACGAGUGCCACGACGACAGGCGUCACGGCAACCGCAGUCCGACCCCAGGGGGUCACGCUUUCCACGGUGAACCAACAGGGCGAGCCGAAGAGGAUCACACUGGUGCUUCAACAGCCCUCCCAGGCAGGGGGCCAGGCCGGUACGGUGGCCGUGAGCGGAGCCGGAACUGGGGCAGCGGUGGCGACUGUGGCAACCACGGCAGCUGGCGCAGGGCAGGCGCAACAGCAGCCCAGGCUAGUGCUGGGGUCUCUGCCAGGGAAGCUGGUGCUGCAAGGGGGCCAGCUGGCUGCCCUCACCCAGGCCCGGGCCGGGCAGUCGGGGACACAGCCAAAGGUGCUCACCAUCCAGCUGCAGGUCCAGCAGCAGCCCAACCAGCAGGGUGGCCCCAAGUUCCAGCUGGUCUCCGGAGGUCCUGCUGGAGGCAGCCCCCAAGUGGUCCAGAUCUCCCAGGGCCAAGGCGGCCAGAGGCUGGCAGUGCCUCUCAAGCUGCUGCUGCAGCCACAGACUAGCGGCACCUCUACAGGACCCGGCACCGUUUCCGUGGUGAAGGUGAUCAACACGUCGGCGGCAGGCGCUUCAACCACCACGGCCACGGCUGCCACAUCCGGAGUGCGCCUGGUGAAGGCACAGGAGCCCGUGCGACGCGUGGACACCCUGUGCAAGCAGGAGAAGGCCAACCGCAUCGUCGCAGAGGCUAUCGCCCGCGCCAAGGCCCGCGGCGAGCGCAACAUCCCUCGCGUGCUCAACCAGGACGAGUUGCCAUCGGGGGCGACUGCCGUAGACGCAGAGGUAGUCGUAGGAACUCCUACACCCAAGAAGAAGGGCGGAGGUGGCGGGGGCGGGAGCAAGAAGAAGAGCCCGACAGCGGCGGUGGCUGGUGGGGCAAAGGGAGGUGCAGCGGGCGCCGGAGGAGACAAGAAAGGGAAGGCCAAAGCGGCAGGAGGAGCGGUGGCUGGCGUUGCCGGGGUAACGCCAAGCGGAAGCAAGAGCAAAGGCAAAUCGAAACCCAACACUAUUACGCCAGUGAGCGGGAAGAAGAGGAAAAGGAAUGGGUCUUCCGAUCACUCAGACGGGGAGGCCAGCCAACCCGCCUCACCACGGCAACUGGAGGAGGACAUGCUGCAGACGCGGCGCUCCAACCGGCAGAUCAAGAGGAAGAAGUACACGGAGGACCUGGACAUCAAGAUCACCGACGACGAGGACGAGGGAGAUGAGGACGUGGACGUCACCACGCCCGCCGCCGUUCCCCUGGCGAAGCCUAGCCAGCCAAUGAGUGAGCAGCUUCAGCAGGACAUGGCCGUGGAUGCCGAUGGGGUCAACAUGCAGUUCUUUGUGGAGAAUCCAAGUGAAGAAGACGCCGCCAUUGUGGACAAAGUUUUAUCAAUGAGGUUAACCAAGAAAGCACAACUCCCUACAGGCCAGCUGGUGGAUGUGGAAGAGUUCUUCGUCAAGUAUAAGAACUACUCGUACCUGCAUUGUGAGUGGGCCACCCUUGAACAGCUGGAGAGAGACAAGAGGAUCCAUCAGAAGCUGAAGAGGUUCAAGAUUAAACACGCCCAGAUGAGGAACCUGUUCCAGGAGGAGGAGGAGCCCUUUAACCCAGACUACGUGGAGGUGGACCGCAUCCUGGACGAGUCACACAGCGUUGACAAGGACAACGGAGAGCCGGUGGUGUAUUACCUGGUGAAAUGGUGCUCUCUGCCCUACGAGGACGCCACCUGGGAACUCAAGGAGGAUGUCGACGAGACAAAGGUCGAGGAGUUCAGAGUGAUCAUGUCCCGGGUGCCGUGCCUGAAGAGAACGCCCCGCCCCCCUGCAGCAUCCUGGAAGAAACUGGAAGAGACUCGCGAGUACCACAACGGCAACACCCUGAGGGAGUACCAGCUGGAGGGAGUCAACUGGCUGCUGUUCAACUGGUACAACAGGCAGAACUGUAUCCUGGCGGACGAGAUGGGCCUGGGCAAGACCAUCCAGUCCAUCGCCCUGCUGUCCGAGGUGUACAGCGCCGGCGUGCACGGGCCCUUCCUCAUCAUCGCGCCGCUCUCCACCAUCACCAACUGGGAGCGCGAGUUCAACACCUGGACGGACCUCAACGCCAUUAUUUACCACGGCAGCCUGGCCAGCCGGCAGAUGAUCCAGCAGUACGAGAUGUAUGUCAAGGACGACAAGGGCCACCUCAUCCCAGGGGCCUACAAGUUUGACGCCCUGAUCACCACAUUCGAGAUGAUUCUGUCGGACUGCCCGGAGCUGAGGGAGAUCGCCUGGCGCUGCGUCAUCAUCGACGAGGCCCACCGCCUCAAGAACAGGAACUGCAAGCUGCUCGACAGCCUCAAGAUGCUCGACCUGGAGCAUAAGGUCCUCUUAACGGGCACCCCGCUGCAGAACACAGUGGAGGAGCUCUUCAGCCUGCUGCACUUCCUGGAGCCGGCCCAGUUCCCCUCCGAGACCGAGUUCCUGCGCGAGUUUGGCGACCUCAAGACGGAAGAGCAGGUCCAGAAGCUGCAGGCCAUCUUGAAGCCCAUGAUGCUGAGGAGGCUGAAGGAGGACGUGGAGAAGAACCUGGCCCCCAAACAGGAGACCAUCAUCGAGGUGGAGCUGACGGAUGUGCAGAAGAAGUACUACCGCGCCAUCCUGGAGAGGAACUUCAGCUUCCUGAGCAUGGGCGCCUCCCACAACAGCAACGUGCCCAACCUGCUCAACACCAUGAUGGAGCUGCGCAAGUGCUGCAACCACCCGUACCUCAUCACAGGAGCGGAGGAGAAGAUCGUGGCGGAGCUGAGGGAGGUGUACGACCCGCUGGCGCCGGACUUCCACCUGCAGGCGCUGGUGCGGUCCGCAGGGAAGCUGGUGCUUCUGGACAAGCUGCUGCCGCGGCUGAAGGCCGGAGGACACAAGGUGCUCAUCUUCUCACAGAUGGUCCGCUGCCUCGACAUCCUGGAGGACUACCUCAUCAACAAGCGAUACCUGUACGAGCGCAUUGACGGGCGAGUGAGGGGCAACCUGCGCCAGGCAGCCAUCGACCGCUUCAGCAAGCCAGAGUCAGACCGCUUCGUGUUCCUGCUGUGUACGCGCGCCGGAGGCCUGGGCAUUAACCUGACUGCUGCCGACACCUGCGUCAUCUUUGACUCUGACUGGAACCCCCAGAAUGACUUGCAGGCCCAGGCUCGCUGCCACCGUAUUGGCCAGUCGAAGGCGGUGAAGGUGUACCGGCUGAUCACGCGUAACUCAUACGAGCGGGAGAUGCUGGACAAGGCCAGUCUGAAGCUGGGGCUGGACCGCGCCGUGCUGCAGACCAUGAGCGGGAACAAGGAGACCAACGUCAACGGACAGAUCCAGCAGUUCUCCAAGAAGGAGAUCGAGGACCUGUUGAGGAAGGGUGCCUACGCCGCCAUCAUGGACGAGAAUGACGAGGGCAGCCGGUUCUGCGAGGAGGACAUCGACCAGAUCCUCCAGCGGCGCGCCACCACAAUCACCAUCGAGAGCGAGGGCAAAGGUUCCACGUUCUCCAAGGCCAGUUUCGUGGCCUCCGAGAACCGCACGGACAUCGCCCUCGAUGACCCAGAGUUCUGGCAGAAGUGGGCCAAGAAGGCGGACAUUGACUAUGACUCCAUCAACAGAAAGAACACACUGGUGAUUGACACGCCGCGUGUGAGAAAGCAGACGCGACAGUUCUCCAGCCCGAAGGGCGAGAGUGGUGCCGACAUGUCGGACCUCGACAGCGACGAAGACUACACUCACAAUUCCCGGCAGGCGCGAUAUUCCCGACGCUCCGACCGCCACUCCGGAGGUGGCUACGGCCGAACGGACUGCUUCCGGGUGGAAAAGCACCUGCUGGUGUAUGGAUGGGGGCGCUGGCGAGACAUCCUGUCACACGCGCGUUGCAAGCGGCGCCUGGGUGAGCGCGACGUGGAGACCAUCUGCAGGGUCAUCCUGGUCUUCUGCCUGCUGCAUUACCGUGGCGACGAGAAUAUCAAGAGCUUCAUCUGGGAGCUGAUCACGCCACCUGAGAACGGCCGCGCACCCGACACCCUCCUCAACCACUCUGGCCUGUCUAUCCCUGUUCCUCGGGGGCGGAAGGGCAAGCGGGUGAAGGCCCAGAGCUCUUUCGAUGUGCAGAAGGUGGAGUGGAUCCGCAAGUACAACCCAGACACACUGCUGCUGGACGACAGCUACCGCAAACACCUCAAGCACCAGUGCAACAAGGUGUUGCUGCGGGUUCGUAUGCUGUACUACCUGAGGCAGGAGGUGAUUGGGGACAACGCUGACGCCGUGCUGAAGGGAGCUGAUGCCAGGGACAUUGACAUCUGGAUUCCAGAGAUGGAGCAGCAGGAGUACCCAUCUGGCUGGUGGGACGCCGAUGCCGACCGCGCUCUUCUGAUCGGCGUGUUUAAACACGGCUAUGAGAUGUACACGACAAUGCGUGCCGACUCCUGCCUGUGCUUCCUGGAGCGCUGUGGUCGCCCUGACGACCAGGAUAUCAAUGCAGAGCAGCACUCCGUCGACCCGGAGCUUGGCGAAGGAGGGGACUACGACAAAUACUCCGAAGACCCCGAGUUCAAACCCCAGGUCAGACACAACAAGGACCUCUAUGAUGAGGGUGAUUCUAUGAACCCUGACGAGAUCUGUGUGGAGGACCGGUCUGCCCCAGCUGUGUCCGAGGGGCCGUCCUCUGGCCAGACGGGCAACUGCUAUUGGCCAACCAGCUCGUCACUCACAGCCCGCCUCAGGCGCUUGAUCACAGCCUACCAGCGCAGCUACCGGCGGGAACAGCUGAAGAUGGAGGCGGCCGAGAAGGGAGACAGGAGGCGACGGCGGUGCGAACAGGCCUCCAAGCUCAAGGAGAUCGCCCGCCAGGAACGACAGCAGAGGUGGACCCGGCGAGAGGAGUGUGAUUUCUACCGGGUGGUGUCGACGUUCGGCGUGGAGCGCGUGAAGAAGGAGCCAGGCGCCCCCGAGGGGGAGGAGCCCGACAUGGACUGGAACCGAUUCCGCUCCUUCGCCCGCCUCGACAAGAAGACAGACGAGAGUCUGACGCGCUACUUCCGCUGCUUCGUGGCCAUGUGCCGUCGCGUCUGUCACCUCCGUCCCGCCCGAGGGGAAGACACGUCCGACCUGUCCCAGUCCCUGGCCCCCAUCACAGAAGAGCGCGCCUCCCGCACCCUGUACCGCAUCAGCCUGCUGCGCCGCCUGCGCGAGCGCGUGCUGACCCACCCCUCGCUCGAGGACCGUCUGCAGCUCGCCAUGCCAAGCUCCGAGCUGCCCGUGUGGUGGAGCUCGCCGCGGCACGACCGCGAGCUCAUGCUGGGUGCCGCCCGACAUGGCGUCAGCCGCACCGAGCAUUCCAUCUUCCUGGACCCAGAGUUCACCUUCCAGCAGUCCCGCACCGAGUACAUGGUCAACCAGCAGGCCGCCGCCGCCGCUGCCACAGCUUCAUCCACGCCAGGCAUGCCGGUUUCCAUGAAGGAGGAAGGAGGGGAGGAAGAGGAGUCGCGUCUGCUGGGGUCCGAGGCCCUGUGCCAGUCCGACUCGCUUGCCGCGCCUCUGGGGCACCCCGAAGGCAAAGGUCGCGGGCAGGCCGGCUGGGGCUGGAAGAAGAGCCGGGGCAGGGGGCCGCGACACAGCAAGGGCGGAGGCAAGAGCCGGGCGGGAGAGGGAGGAGGAGAAGGCGCGUCCGAUUCGGACUCGGAUACCGACUCGGACUCGUCGACUUCUUCCCGACGGUCAGGCAGCUCGGAGGACAGCGGUGACAGCGAUGCAGAGAGAGAGCGAGCCAUGAAGGUGUGCGAUGGCGAUGAGGAGAACAGCAUGCUAUCCCUCACUGCAUCACAAGAUGGCGCUCCUCCCGAGGCAGUCAAUGACCCUCUGAGGGUAGACUGGCCCAAGGACCGCGUGCUCAUCAACAGGCUGGACAGCUUGUGUUCGCUGGUGCUAUCGGGCGUGUGGCCGUCGGGCCGACGCUACGUCUCCGAGCCCCAGAUGAACCCAACAACAGACGAGGGCAGCGAGGAGCUGGGGUACCCCCGAGUGGCCCGCAGGGGCACCGCCACGCCCGGCGCAGAGGGCGACGAGUCCGAAUUCACCGUCAAGCUACUUAAGGAGGAAGGGUUGAAGUUGACCUUUUCAAAACAAGCCCUAAUUUCCAAUGGAGAAGGAAGUUACCGCAAAAAGCGAAAAGACCAUGAGCUACUAGAGACGGAAGGAGCGUCUGUGGAUGUGAUGAGCGCAGGAGAGAGGGCCCCACGCAGACGGGACCUGCCCAACUGGCUGAAGGAGAACCCAGACUACGAGGUGGAGGGAGACAUGCUGGAGUUGUUGGUGAACAGGACCAAACGAAAGCGGAGGAGGAGGAGGACUGAGAAAGCAGGCGAAUUCACUGGCAGUGAGCGGGUGAAAGUAAUUAACAUGAAGACAGGAAAGAAGUACACUGGCAUUUAUGGGCCAGCACUUCAACACCUGAGGGAGCAUCUGGAAGAGAACCCAGACCACGCUGUCGCUCCAGAAUGGUCUGAAGCCGUUCGCAGCUCUGGCUUCCUGCCGGAGAGCCUAUUCCACCGGCUGCUCUCGCAGCACUCUGUGAUCCCCAAGAAGGGGCAGGCCUACCUCGUGCCCACCCAGCCGGAAGACCCGCUUCUCGGGGAGGAGGACGACGACGGGGAGGAAGAGGAGGAGGAGGAGGAGACCCUGGUCUCGGACGGAGCCUACAUGAUGGAGGAGGAAGACCUGGAGGACGGGGGCGAGAUGACAUCCCAGCACUUCCUAUCGCAGUCCUUCGAUGUAAAGAUGGAGGCCGGCGGCCUGGAGAUGGACGGCGGCGACAGCAUGACGCAAGGCGAAUACGAGAGCUCUGACGGGGAAGCCAUUUUGGAUGACGUCAUCUUGGCCUCCAAACACUCAGACAGUUCCUCCGGCUCGGAGUAUUGAUGAUGAUGAUGAUGAUGAUGAUAAUGGUGAUGAUGAUGACCAAGCUUAUCUCGUUCAAAAGGGUCCCCUGCCUCCCCUUCCCCAUACCUGAUAUCAUGACAUUCUUUUCUUUACAUCAUAUUCCUUUGCCUUUAUGACUUUUAUUAUUAUUUUAGUAUUUUUAUUAUUAUUGUUAUUGUUACUUUAAACAUGCUGAACUGAAUUAUGAAUGAUUUUUCCCCCCCCUCGACUUUGUCUCUCCUCCCCCUUUUACUCCAUACUGUCUGGCAUUAUUCAUGUUCUCACUUUAUACACCUGUCCAAGCUCUUCUUGAAAACCGUAGUUAGUGUGAUAGCUCCCACAGUACUCGAGAGAGAGACACACACACACACUCACACCUCCUCACCCCUGUAGCCCACCACUUCAAACCCAUUCCCUGCCCUCUGUGGGGCUGUUGAGCCCUCAUGCUGCUUGGGAGCCCCAGCCAGUGCCACCCCGGUGUCUGGUGGACCCAGCCUAGAGGAGGGAGUUAAGUCAUUGGAUGUAUUAUAUUGGGAGGGGAGGGGGGAGCGGGUCUAGUUACUGAAGCAGAUGUUAGAAAGGCAAGUGUAUUUUACAGUGUAGAAUCGUGUGGUUGCCUGCAACAAUGCAGUUAUGAUGAUGACUUUAUUUCAUGAUUCAUGAACUGACUUCAGUUGUCUGUGAUAUCGAUAUGAAUUACAAGCUACAGUGGAAAACGUU